UUUUUUCUUUUUACAAGUCAUACACUCAUACUCACCUAUCAAUUUUGAAGCUUUGGUUCGAAAUUAAAUUUUGAUAUGUGCUCUUCUUCUUUAGGUUUAGAAUGGGGGAGCUGGAAGUGGAGAAACAUGUCCGAUACAUAUUAUCUGUUGAAAAGAAGAAGGAUGAUUUUGAAUAUUUGGUGAUAGAACAUCUAAGGAUGAGUGGUGCAUACUGGGGACUGACCACUCUUGAUCUUCUCGGGAAGCUUGGAGCUGUUGAUCAAGAUGAAAUUGUUUCGUGGGUCAUGAAGUGCCAAAACGAAUCUGGUGGCUUUGCUGGUAACAUUGGACAUGACCCCCACAUACUGUACACUUUGAGUGCUGUGCAAAUAUUUGCCCUUCUUAACAAGCUAGAUGUUCUCAACAUUGAGAAGGUGUCAAACUAUGUAGCUGGGUUGCAGCAUGAAGAUGGAUCCUUUUCAGGGGACAUGUGGGGUGAAGUGGACUCCAGAUUCUCUUAUAUUGCAAUAUGUUGUCUCUCAUUAUUACAUCGGUUGGAGAAAAUCAAUGUGGAGAAGGCUGUGGACUAUGUUGUGAGCUGCAAAAAUUUGGAUGGUGGAUUUGGAAGUACACCUGGUGGGGAGUCUCAUGCUGGGCAAAUCUUCUGCUGUGUGGGUGCCCUUGCAAUAACAGGUUUUUUGCACCACAUUGACAAAGACCUCCUUGGCUGGUGGUUAUGUGAGAGGCAAGUUAAAUCUGGAGGUCUAAAUGGGCGGCCUGAGAAGCUUCCAGAUGUCUGCUACUCAUGGUGGGUUCUUUCUAGCCUGGUCAUGAUUGACAGAGUACAUUGGAUAGACAAAGAAAAGCUUUCAAGAUUCAUAUUAGACUGUCAGGACAGAGAAAACGGAGGAAUUUCAGAUCGACCAGAUGAUGCUGUUGACGUUUUCCAUACAUAUUUUGGGGUUGCUGGACUCUCACUUCUGGACCAUCCAGGGUUAAAAGCCAUAGAUCCAGCCUAUGCUUUACCUGUUGAUAUUGUGAAUAAGAUUUUCUUCAGAAAUUGAGGAUUUGUCUCACAGAAACUAUAUUUGCAACAUCUUAUGUACCAGUAGUGAGGCUUCACCUGAUUAAUGUGACAAAGAAUUAG